CUCUAGCAGCAACCAAUUUUAUACAUAUCCUAUUUCAUCGCACUCGCAACUCUCUCUUGGCUCAUUUGCCCCGUGUGUGAGAGCAUAAAUUCAGAGUCCAACCCCCUCUCCACUUACAAACACUGGGUUUAAAAGCCCGUUUUUCAAAGAACACUUCUCGGACUAACGGAAAGGAGACACUGAGCGAGGAUGAAUAUCGCACAGCCCGUUAACUCAAAGAUCACGGGCGUGUCGUUCACGUUCUACGAGCCCAGCGAGGUGCGGCGCAUGUCGGUGAAGCAGGUGGUCAACCCGAUCCUGCUCGACUCGCUGGGCAACCCGACCAAGGGCGGCUUGUAUGAUCCGGCGAUGGGUCCGUUCACAAAGCACCACUUGUGCGGCACCUGCUCGCUCGACUACUUCAACUGUCCGGGCCAUUUUGGUCACAUCGAGCUGCCGGCGCCAGUUGUCAACCCGAUGAUGUUUGAUACCCUGUAUCGGUUCCUGCAGGGGUGCUGCCCGUACUGCCACAAGUUCACCUUUAAUCGCGUCACGGCUGCACGCUAUACGGCAAAGCUUCGGCUCCUUGAGUUUGGCUUGAUCCAGGAGGCAAGUGAUCUCGAUGAUCUGCUGCCCCAGUCGGGCAAGUCCUCGGCUGCCGACGACGAUGACGAGGAGAUGGAUGUCGACGACGAGGAGGACGGCUCCUCAAAACACAAGAAGGGCGGCGAGACGUCUGAACAGUACAUCAAGCGCAUCAAUGACUACGUCGAGGAAAAGAUGGCCAGCUGCGAGCGGUCCACGUACAAGGUCACCAUGGUCAACCAGGCCCGGCGCGCGGUGAUCCGCGAACUGAUCGGUCGUAGCCGUGGCCAGACGUGCCAGAACUGCCGUGGACCCCAGCCCAAGCUGCGUCGCGACGGCUACCUGAAGGUGUUCCGCGAGGAGCUGACCCGUAAGCAGAAGGCUGCCCAGCAGUCCAAGGGCAUGACGUACCGCGACGUGUUGAAUCUUGAUGUGGCAGCCCUGACCAAGGAGGCACAGAAGCUGGCUAUCGGCAAGAGCCAACAGAAUGGCUCUGGCUCUGCAAUGGAGGUCGACGACAGGGAGUCUGAUGGAGAAAACGACGAGAGCGACUCCACUGAUGUCGAGGACACCUAUGACUCGGUUGACGCCCAUCCGACAAAGUCCGCCAACCAGCAGCAGAAGGGAUCGGUGUUUAUGACUCCGAUCCACCUGCGCAACCACCUGCGGCUGCUGUUUGGCAACGAGUACGAUAUCGUCCAGCUGCUGUUCCAGCAGCGCGAUGCGCGUGCCGCCAGCGGCCUGGACGCGAUCGGCGACUUCAAGUCCAACUACACGCUGACGCUGCCUGCUGACAAGCGUUCGCCGAUGCAGCUCGCCGACAUGUUCUUCAUCGAGGCACUGCCGGUGUCGCCGACCAAGUUCCGCCCGGCUGCGAUCAUGGCCGAUGACAUCAUGGAGAACCCGCAGAAUGUGUACCUGGGCAGCGUGCUCAAGACGUGUGUGUACCUGCGCGACCUUGUCAGCGGCGAGGCUGGCAGCUCCGAGCACCAUCUGGCAAAGGCCGCUGAAGGUGGUCUGAGCUUUGAGCGUGUGGUUAACUCGUGGGUCCAGCUGCAGCAGUCUGUCAACAACGUCAUGGACAGCUCCAAGAACCCGACGCUGGGCAAGAACGGCAAGGCGCCUGAUCCCUGGAAUCCGCCAGGUGCUCGAGAAGAAAGAGGGUUCGGCGUUCCGCCUGUGUUUGCCCAGAAACUCACGUUCCCCGAGCCUGUCACUGCGCACAACGUCAAGGAGAUGCGCCAGCUGGUCAUCAAUGGUCCCGAAAAGUGGCCUGGAGCCGUUUCGGUCCAGCACGAGGAUGGAUCGAUCGUCUACCUGGACCGCCUGAGCCACGAGUCGCGUGUCGCGCUGGCCAACCAGCUGCUGACGCCGCAGGACGCGUCGUCUAAGACUGCUGGCAUCGGCAACGUGUUCACCACCCGUGCCACCGGGGUCAACAAGAAGGUCUACCGCCAUCUGCGCAACGGCGAUAUGGUUGUUAUGAACCGUCAGCCCACGCUGCACCGUGCCUCGAUGGCUGGUAUGCGCGCUCAUGUGCUGCCCGGCGAGCGCACGCUGCGGUUCCAUUACAUGAACUGCAACCAGUUCAACUCUGACUUUGACGGAGACGAGAUGAACAUGCACUUCCCGCAGUCCGAAGCUGCUCGCGCCGAGCUGCGUGGCAUCAUGGGUGCCGACCUGACGUAUCUCAACCCGACCGAUGGCGGGCCGCUGCGUGGUCUUAUCCAGGAUUCGGUCGAUGGCGGUGUCAUUAUGACCAAGCGCGACACGAUGAUGACCCGCAGCGAGUACCAGGAGCUUGUGUACUGGGCGCUGCGCCCUGAGAACCAGCCCCAGCUCCCUGAUGGCAAGGUCCAGCUGUUGCCGCCUGCGAUCUUCAAGCCCAAGCCCAUGUGGACCGGUAAGCAGGUUAUCUCGACUCUGCUGCUCAACCUGACCUGGGGGUACGCGCCACUGAACAUUGUGUCCAAGGACAAGGUUGGCAAGAAGUUCUGGGGCCGGACUGCUGAGGAGGAGGAGCGAGUCCUGGUUCUUGACAGCGAACUGCUGGUCGGUAUUCUUGACAAGUCGCAGUUUCGGUGCUUCCUGUACACGCCUACGCAUGCUGGCCGUUUCCUGUCAGCCCUCAGCCGUCUGUUUGUGCGCUACCUACAGGAGAUUGGUUUCAGCUGCCGUAUGCAGGACCUGCUGCUGGACAAGGAGGGCGACAAGGCUCGUAAGGAGAUCCUGAAGCACCAGACCACCAACGGCUAUCGAGACAACGCUCAACUCGACAAGGAUCGGAAUGUGCAGCACGACCAAGUCAAGCUGGCUCAGCUCGAUGGCAACAUCCAAGGCAGCAUGAACAGCAUCACCAGCGAGGUGGUCGCCAAGUGCUUGCCCAACUACCUGCAGCUGCCGUUCCCGCACAACAACAUGCUUGUGAUGACUGUGUCUGGUGCCAAGGGCUCCAAUGUCAACCUGUCGCAGAUUGCUUGCUGCCUGGGACAGCAGUCACUCGAGGGCCGCCGUGUGCCGCUGAUGGUCAGUGGCAAGAGUUUGCCCUCGUUUGCCCCCUUUGACAGCACUGGUCGUGCUGGUGGCUAUGUCUCCAGCCGAUUCCUGACCGGCCUGACGCCGCAGGAGUUCUACUUCCAUUGCAUGGCUGGCCGUGAGGGUCUCAUUGACACUGCCGUCAAGACCUCGCGCUCCGGCUAUCUGCAGCGCUGUCUUAUCAAGCAUCUUGAGGGCAUCAGGGUCCACUACGACUACACGGUGCGCGAUGCCGAUGGCUCUGUGAUCCAGUUCCAGUACGGCGAGGAUGCGCUUGAUGUGCUCAAGUGCCAGCACCUGACAAAGUUCGACUUUGCCGCAGCCAACUACCGUGCCCUGCGCGACAAGUUCAACCCGGGCAGCGCCGCUGCCGUGCUCGAUGACUCGCAGGCUCGCAAGUAUGCCAAGAAGCUCCUCGGUAAGGUUGGUGACGGCACGCCGCGCGAUAUCGAAGGUGAGCCAAUCUGCUCGCGCUUCAACCCGAGCCGGUACCUCGGUGCUGUCUCUGAGCGGUUCUACAUUGAGCUCGAGAAGUACCUCGAGUCCAACCCCAGCGGACUGCUGUACGAGAAGAAGGGCAAGAAGAAGCAUUCCAAGGCUGGCGAUGCCAACAAUAGCAAGGAGUCGAACAAGAUGCUUGCCUCGGUGAACCCAGACUGCUCGCCGCGCAACUUCCGCAUGCUGCAGUACCUCAACUACCUUCACUCGCUCAUCGAUCCGGGAGAGAGCGUCGGUCUGAUUGCCGCCCAGGGUAUUGGAGAGCCCUCGACCCAGAUGACACUCAACACGUUCCAUCUUGCUGGUUUCGGCGCCAAGAACGUCACCCUCGGCAUUCCGCGCUUGCGUGAAAUCGUCAUGGUUGCCACCGACCGUCCGUCGGCGCCGAACAUGAAGAUCCAUAUGGCUGACGGUGUUACCAAGGAGCAGGCCAAGGUCAUUGCUGGUGCGCUCUCCAAGCUCACCUUGAGCGAUGUCAUUGACUACGUCGAGGUCAAGGAGCGCCUUUCGGCCAAGAAGGAGUCGCACGACCACCGCCGCUACCGCCAGUACACGAUCCGCCUGCAAAUGUUCCCGUCGAACGAGUACGAGGAGGAGCACGAUGUGUCUCGUGGCGAUAUCGAGCACGCACUCGAGUUCCACUUUGCCAACAAGCUCGAGGCCCUGAUUGCCAAGGAUCUCAAGCGCACGUACCGCACUGCUCUGUCCGACGAGGUCAUCGACAAGAGCGAUGACCUUGAUGCUCCAUCGCGCAAGACCAAGGCUGCCGACGAGGAGGAGGCAGAGGAAGACAACGACGCAGUCGACGAAUCCGAUAUUGAAUCGGACGAGGACGACGAGGCCGGAGAUGGUGAUGCGGACGAUGCUCGUGCUGCUGCGCGUCGUUCGGAGCAAAAGUCGUACGACGGCCCCGAUGAUGAGGACAAGAAGAUGCUCGAGGACAUGGACGCUGAGCUCGAUGAGCUCGAUUCCGAUGCCAAGCGCAAGACCUCCUCGUCCAAGAAUGAUGCCUCCGAUUCAGAGUCCGAGUCCGAGUCUGAGGAUGACGAAGAGGAGAUCCAGCGCGUCAUGGCCAUGUCCCUUGCCAAGCGCCGCAAGCGCAUGGUUAAGCGCUACCCGCAUGUUGUCGGCUACAACUUUGUCGACGAAGGCACAGAGACGUACGCUGAGAUCGAGAUGCAGUUCCCUGCCACCACGCCAAAGUUCCUCAUGCUCAGCCUGACCGAGGACGCCGUGCGUGCUACAGUUGUGCGUGAGAUCACUGGCAUCUCCGAAUGCUACAUCGACGGGCCCGAGUCGGAGAGGGACACGACGCUCAGAAUUGGAUCCAGUGGCUCCAACAUCCGCGGCAUCUGGGAGGCCUCGCUGCUGCCACUGGACGAGAUCGCUGCGACUGACAAGCCCACGGGCAUUGACGAGUGGAUCAACCUCAAGCACCUGUACACCAACGACAUUGCCGCCAUUCUCCGCACCUACGGUGUCGAGGCUGCCAGAUCCUCGAUCAUGCGCGAGAUUGCUCAGGUGUUUGGCACCUACGAUAUCACAGUCGACAAGCGGCAUCUUAGCCUUGUUGCUGACUACAUGACCUUUGAGGGCGGUUUCAAGCCAUUCAACCGUAUCGGCCUUUCGUCGAGCCCGAGUCCGUUCGCCAAGAUGAGCUUCGAGUCGACGUGCACCUUCCUGCAGGAAGCGACCGUGUUUGGCGACUUUGACCAGCUGACAAACCCGUCGGCUCGCAUUGUCAUGGGCCAGCCCGUCGCUUCUGGAACCGGCUCCUUCGAUGUUAUGCUCGAUCUUGUGCCGCCCACCAGGGCUUGAUUUCGCAUGUCUAUGCGAAUCUGUCAACUAUCUUUUAUCUUUUAACUUUUCAGUUUCACUUCACAAAAAAAGCUACACUAUGUCAUCAC